AUGGAGAGAAAAAAACCUGUGUUGUUUCUACUAGUUUUGCUUCUUUCCAGUGCACUUUGCAAAGGUAAGACCUACGUUGGUGUUAAAUUUUGCCACAAUUCAAAACCAUUGUUAGAGGCCGAGAAAGUCAGCCCGCAACUUUGGCAAGAAGAGAAACACGCAAGCUUGUGAUGUUUCGUUCCGCGUUUCAUUACGUUCACGAUGUUCUCUUCAUAAGUAGUCGAGACUCAAACUGUUAUUUUUGGAAAACGAGACCUUAAAGCCCAGGACUGGUCACUGGCUUAUCUGACAAACAAAUAGCGCUCAAAUAACUCUGAUAUUGGCAGUUUAAGAUCCGCUCCAUUCUGGAGCAAACAAUAGUUUACGGCGCUUGCGGUAAAUUGGGAGCAGUUUUUUUUCCUUUAUUUCUAACACUUUUUCUACCAACCGUUGCAGGUGUCAUUGAUAAAGCAGAAGUGGAAGCUUUUCAGAAGAAAACAAGCCAAUCAUCUACUCACGGCCAGCUCUUAAACGGACGUGAAAAUCUGAACAGAGAACAUUUUUUUUCGCCGACCACUGAAUCUGAAACAAUGUCUGACAGUGACGGUGACUACAGUAUCCAGGAAUUUCAUCCGUCCAGGCUGAGAUGGAAUCAGCAUGCAGUCCAGUUGGAGUAUAAACCUGACGGAGGAAGACGUCGUCGGAGAAAAAGACAAAUCAUCGCUGCUGAAGACACAGUAAAACUAGAAGAGGAUGAUUCCAGCGCUACAUUGUUGUCUGGAAAGAAUCUAAUCAUAAUUGCGUCGUGUGGUGUAUUUUUUCUGGUGGUCCUUGCCGCUGGACUCGUCUACUGUUUCCGGUAUGAUAGUUACAUGUAA